CACCGCGGCCGCCAACGCCGCCGCGCUCGGGCUGGGCUCGGGCUGGGCUCGGCGCACUCUUGAGCGGCCGCCGAGCCAAGCGGACGCCCCUCGGGGCAGCGCCGCAGCCCUCCGCGCCCCACCGCUUAUCAUGCCCGGGGCCCGGGCCCGGCAGCCGGAGCAGCCAGGACACCAUGCCGGAGGGCGAAGGUGGCGACUGCGGGGAGGUGCCCGCACUCAUUCCGGACAGCGAGCCGCUGCGGGAGGAGCAGCGACCCCUGAAGCAGUCCCUGGGAGGCUCUCUGUGUCGAGAGUCUCACUGGAAGUGCCUGCUCCUCACGCUGCUCAUCCAUGCCUGUGGGGCUGUGGUGGCCUGGUGUCGCCUGGCCACUGUGCCCCGCCUGGUCCUGGGGCCUGAGGCAGCUUUGGCCCGUGGGGCUGGCGGUCCACCGCCCACCUACCCAGCCAGUCCCUGCUCUGAUGGCUACCUGUACAUCCCAUUGGCCUUCGUCUCCCUCCUCUACCUCCUCUACCUGGCAGAGUGCUGGCACUGUCAUGUGCGGUCAUGCCAGGCGCCUCGCACCGAUGCCAACACCGUGCUUGCCCUGAUCCACCGGUUGCAGCAGGCUCCGCCCUGUGUCUGGUGGAAGGCCACCAGCUACCACUAUGUGCGCCGCACACGCCAGAUCACCCGCUACCGCAAUGGCGAUGCCUACACCACCACACAGGUCUACCAUGAGAGGGCGGACAGUCGCACAGCUCGGGGCGAAUUCGACUACAGUGCACAUGGUGUCCGUGACGUCUCUAAGGAGCUCGUGGGCCUGGCAGACCACGCGGCCACGCGCCUGCGUUUCACCAAGUGCUUCAGUUUCGGCAGCGCUGAGGCCGAGGCCUCGUACCUCACGCAGAGGGCCCGCUUCUUCAGUGCCAACGAGGGCCUGGAUGACUACCUGGAGGCCCGCGAGGGCAUGCAUCUGAAGGACGUGGACUUCCGUGAGUCCCUCAUGGUCUUCGCAGACCCCCGCAGCCCACCCUGGUACGCCCGAGCCUGGGUCUUCUGGCUGGUGUCUGCGGCUACGCUGUCCUGGCCACUGCGCGUGGUGGCAGCCUAUGGGACAGCUCACGUACACUACCAGGUGGAGAAGCUUUUCGGUGCCAGCUCACCGCCCCCAGGAGCUGUGCCCAGCGGGCCGCCACUCUCUCGAGUGGCCACCGUGGACUUCACAGAGCUUGAAUGGCACAUCUGCUCCAAUCGGCAACUGGUGCCCAGCUACUCGGAGGCUGUGGUCAUGGGUGCCGGCUCUGGGGCCUACCUGCGAGGCUGCCAGCGCUGCCGCCGCUCAGUUAGCAGCAACUCCCUGCCUCCCGCCCGGCCCAGUGGGCCUCGCCUGCCCUUCAGCCGCAGUCGCCUCUCCCUGGGUGCUGGGGGCCGGGCCACCCCAGGGGUCUUCCGCAGCUUGAGUGGAGGUCCCCUGGGACGCAGAGGGGAGGACACUGAGCCUCUGGAAAGCCCUCCAUGCUAUGAGGAUGCCCUUUACUUCCCGGUGCUCAUUGUCCACGGGGACAGCGGCUGCCGGGGAGAUGGGCAGGGUGCACUCUGAGAUACCUGCCCCCUACAGCCCCAGACCACCCCUCUCUCCUCAGCAUCUCACCAUGGGCUUGGAUGUCUGAAUAACUGUCAAAAACAGGAAAGAAAACAGACCAGCCAUGCACAAGGGGGGAGGGGGGGAGUUGGGUGGGAUUCUUAAUGUAGUGACUUGUGGUCCUUUGGGGGGGAAAUCAAUGCCACCUAAGUUGAGUCUGUGAUCUGUCCCCAGCAUGGCUCCCCCAACCAUCACCACAGUCCCCUGUGAUAGCAGAUGAUGCUGGGCAGGGAAAGAAGCAUCCAGAAAGACUGGGAUGGGGAGGAAACCUGGGCAAAGCUGCCUGCCUCUCUGCCAUGGCUGAGCUACAUGGGGAGCCCUCCAGCAACAUAGAAGCACAAACUGGUGGACUAGGGCCAUGCCCAACUGGGAUGGCUGUCCUGAAGCUGAACAGCUGGCUGUGGCCACCCGGCAGCUUGGUCCCCUGCCCACCAGAGUUCUCUUCCUCCUCUGCCCCAUUCCUCUCAGCUGCCCUCUGACCUCUCUGUUCAGGGCAAGUGCCCUGUUUGUCCCCCGACCCUAAGGUGCAGUUUCUCCACAGAGCCCAAUUCUCAGAGCACAGACUUGCCCUCUUGCCCUCACCUUGGUCUCCUGGUUCUUGCUGCACCCUCACUCCAUCCAGCUUCCCUUGUGACCCAGGGUUCCCAACUCCAAGCCUCAUCACAGCCAGCCCCAGCAUCCUAAAAUUCAUAUCUGUCUCUGUCAGCCACACAGUUACCCCAGCCUUGUCUCCACCAUUCCCCCAGGCUUCUCUGCUCUUCACCUUCUAGGUGAUCCACAGGAUGUAGGACCACAGGGCAUCCGAGGGGCUCCGCCCUGGUCACAGCCCCUUGGACGAUGCCCUGGCCUUGUCUUGAAGGCCCCUGCUUCUUCCAUCCAUGGAGCCUGUCCAGGGGACACUAUUCCUUCCUAGGGAGAACAGAAUGGUCCCUUCCCUUCCAAGUGGGGAUUCCACCCCCUCCCAAGGGCUGGCGGGGGAGGGAAGAGACAGAGAAAAUUAAAUAAAGUUAUGAAACAGGAAA